AUGCCUCCCAAGAAGAAGGUUGAUCAGCCGCAACAAAAUGGCAUAGUUUUGUUGGGCCGACCUGGGAGCAACUUGAAGGUUGGUAUUGUUGGACUUCCUAACGUUGGUAAGUCCACAUUUUUCAACGUUCUGUCCAAGAAAGGUGUUCCUGCAGAAAACCGUCCAUUCUGUACCAUUGAUCCAAACACCGCAGAUAUUAAUAUUCCUGACGACCGGUUUGACAAAUUGGUGAAAAUAAAUAAGCCUGCAUCUAUUGUUCCUGCGCAAAUUCACGUCCGGGACAUUGCAGGUUUGGUACGUGGAGCCAGCAAUGGUGAAGGGCUUGGUAACGCUUUUCUGUCCCACAUCAAUGAAUGUGAUGGAAUUAUUCACAUGAUUCGCAUCUUUGAGGAAGUUGAGGUUACUCACGUGGAAGGUGAUUUGGAUCCUAUUCGCGACCUGGAGAUUAUUUUUUCGGAGUUGGUUUUGAAGGACUUACAGGUUGUCAAUGGAUUAAUUGACAAGAUAACACCCAUAGUGAAUCGUGGGAUUGAUAAAAGCAAGAAGGCGGAUUUAGAGAUUCUCUUGAAAGUAAAAGAACAUCUUGAAAAUGGUGAACAAGUUCGGUGUUGCCAUUGGAAUGGUAAGGAAAUUGAUUAUCUCAACACUCUACAACUUUUGACAGCAAAACCAGCUAUUUUUUUAGCCAACAUGUCCGAAAAGAGUUUUAUUCGGCAACGUGGCAAAUGGCUUGCUAAGCUAAAGGAGUGGAUAGAUCAGCAUACUGGUGAACCACUUAUCCCGAUUUCAGCUGAGAUGGAGUCCAAGUUUGUUGACAUGUCUCCAGAGGAAGUAGAAGAGUACUGCAAGACGAAUAAAACAAAGUCUCAGGUGAACAAAGUUGUUACCACCUCUUACCAUGCUAUUAAUUUGAUCCACUACUUUACUGCAGGGGCAGACGAGGUUAAGUGUUGGACGAUUCAGCGUGGCACGAAGGCACCUCAAGCAGCUGGUAAAAUACACACCGACAUGGAGAAGGGAUUUAUUUGUGCUGAAGUGAUUCACUGGGAAGACUACGACAAGCUUGAAAGCGAGACUGUAUGUCGUGAAGCUGGUAAACAGCAUCAAGAGGGACGUAAUUAUGAAGUUCAGGACGGCGAUAUUAUUUUCUUCAAAUUUAAUGUUUCAAAAGGGGGUAAGAAGUGA